CGUUUGUUUCAAAUCCCAAUUCUACUAAUGAUAAUUUUCUCAUGCACCAAAACACAAACACCAUGGAUUCUAUUUCAAAUCCACACCCUUUCUUCCACAACAACAACAACUACUUCUUCAACAAUAGCAACAGCAAUAAUAACCCUUUUGAAAUGGGAUUCGAAAAUGGAUUCUUUAUGGGAAACAACAACAACACCAACGCUUCCAAUUCACCUGUUUUUAUGGGUGCCUCCCUCGACCUGACUUCCGCUUCCGAGUUUCCACCGACUCUUGAACUCGAUGCUUCUGUACCACCUUUUAGUGCUUCGUUUUCUAUGCCUCUUGAGCUCUCUCAACCGCAACCUCAACAGCAGCAGCAACAACAGCAGCCGACCACGCUGUUUCAGAAGCGGCGAGGGGCAUUGGAGAUUCCGAGAUUGGAGACGGUGGGGAACAAGAAGAAGAGAAAGGUGGAGAAAAAAUGGGAGGAAGAUGGAAAUGGUGGUGGUGAGGAUGAUGUUGAGGAUUUCUCUGAGUUGAAUUAUGAUUCUGAUGAGAAUGGAAAUGAUUUGAACAAUUCCAAUGGGACUGUUGUUACUGGUGGAGAUCAAAAGGGGAAGAAGAAGAAGGGGCUUCCUGCCAAAAAUCUCAUGGCCGAGAGGCGUCGAAGGAAGAAACUCAAUGAUAGGUUGUACAUGCUUAGGUCUGUUGUGCCAAAGAUUAGCAAGAUGGACAGGGCUUCAAUACUUGGUGAUGCAGUUGACUACUUGAAGGAGCUACUGCAGCGGAUUAACAAUCUUCAUAACGAACUGGAAUCAACUCCUCCUGGCUCAUUGCUGCAACCUUCUGCAAGUGCAAGCUUUCACCCAUUGACACCCACUCCACCGACUCUUCCUUGCCGAGUCAAGGAAGAUCUAUAUCCUGGUGACUUGCUAAGCCCCAAAAACCAAUCUCCUAAGGUGGAAGUUAGGGUAAGGGAAGGGAGAGCGGUCAACAUUCAUAUGUUUUGUACCCGAAGACCAGGACUUUUGCUAUCUACCAUGAGGGCUUUGGAUAACCUUGGAUUGGAUGUUCAACAAGCUGUUAUUAGUUGUUUCAAUGGCUUUGCUUUGGAUGUUUUCAGAGCCGAGCAGCAAUGCAGAGAAGGUCAGGAUGUUCCCCCCGAGCAAAUUAAAGCAGUACUUUUGGAUUCGGCAGGAUAUCAUGGUUUGAAUUGAUUGAAGUGUCUGAUAAAAUGCUACCCUUAUGGAGGAAAUAUGAAGAAAUCACUCCACCAAAGGCGGUUGAUUUCUGUCACAUUACUGAUAACACCUAUGAGUUGAAAGAGGUUAUAAAAAUGGAAGCUGAAAUACUUAAGUCACUAAACUUUGAAAUGGGCA